UUGUCGCCGGCGGCCCAGCAGAUGCAGCCGAGCCAGACGAUGCAGUCUCCGACCUCUAGCGGUGGGCGCCGCAGGCGGAGUGACGAGGACCCUGACGAACGGCGGCGGAAGUUUCUGGAGAGAAACCGAGCGGCGGCCACGCGAUGCAGACAGAAGAGGAAAGUAUGGGUGGUGUCACUGGAGAAGAAGGCUGAAGAGCUGACCCAGACCAACAUGCAGCUUCUGAAUGAGGUGACCAUGCUGAAGAACGAGGUGACCCAACUCAAGCAGCUCCUCCUCACCCAUAAAGACUGCCCCAUCACCACUCUGCAGAAAGACUCCCAAGGUUACCUCAGUCCAGACAGCAGUCCAGCAGGCAGCCCGGCCCCAGCCUGCUCCCAGCAGCAGGUCAUCCAGCACAACAACAUCACCACCUCCAGCACAGCUGUAGGGGGCAGCACUGUGCACGGCCUGCCCAACCACCGCACAGACAUCAACCCCAUCCACUAGAGACAAGACAGAGAGAGACUAUAGUACCCCCCCCCAGUCUGUACCCCCCAGCCCCCAAACUGUACCCCCCAGCCCCCUACCCCCAGUCCGUACCCCCAGCCCCAACCCAUCCCUGGUCUAACCGCCCUUCCCUGGCUCUCUGAGGGCUAUUUGUCUGUCAGUACGGGACGGGCGGCAUCACACACUGCGUCCAUCUCCAGGACCAGGUCCAGAGAAACCUCUGGAGAGAAACCUCUGGAGAGAAACCUCUGGAGAGAAACCUCUGGAGAGAAACCUCUGGAGAGAAACCUCUGGAGAGAAACCUCUGGAGAGAAACCUCUGGAGAG